CACACAAAGCGGAUCAUGUCUAGAGCGGAGGCUUUCAGGGACACGAACCUUCGCUCAUUACUGAGGGAGUCGCGCACUGACAUCGCCAUGGCCGUGGACGACCCUUUCCCUCUUGUCUAUGGGUUGGCAGACAAAAACAUCAUCACUGAUCAAAUGCUCAAGGACACGUUAGAGAAGGAAAGUAGGGAGGGGAUCCACAAGGCCAUGUACUCGCUCCUGUCCUGGGUCCUGGAACAGAGAAGAUCGACCAUCCAGGCCUUCUGGAAAAAUAUGAGCAAGGACUACAACCUGGACAGCUACAGCAAGCUGCAGACGCUGCUCUCUAACCUGCACUCCAAACGAGACGCUGCAGGUUCCAGAGGUGAGAAGAGAUCCCCGAGAUGUGAGAAAACUCCUCACGUGAAGAAGAGGAGCCAUGAGGAUAGAGAGACCAGCUCCAGCAAGAUUUCACGCUAUCAUGCAAAGACAAGCGACGGUCCAGGGGGUAAAGUUAAGUUAUACAGAGUGAAGAGUGAAGCUCCAGCACCUCAGCUCACAUCUGGAAAUAGUGUGCAGGUAGUGUCCUCCUCAGUCCAGGGAGGAGUCACCCUCUCCUCCUCCUCUUCCUCCUCCUCUUCCUCCUCCUCUUUCGCCACUGAGCUGUCAUUCAGCCAUGAAGACAGAGAAAAGAUCCACAUCAAGCAGGUGUUUGGCUCAGACGGUACCAUAAAGUGCAUUAAAGAGGACACCAGUGCAGCGCUCACGUUCAAGGCUGCUAAGAGCACAUUUCCCCACAAGGGGGGGACAACCAGAGGCAUGAAGGUUCAUUACAAUGACGAUGAGUGUGCAGUUUGUAAGGACGGAGGGGAGCUGCUCUGUUGCGAUGGUUGUCCUCGAGCGUUACACCUGACCUGCCUCGACCCUCCACUCACAACCAUACCAAGUGGCAGCUGGCAGUGUGAGCAGUGCCGUGGAAUGAAAAGAGAGAAAGGACAGCUUCCUUUACAAGCUGUCGUGGCUAAGCCUCAGCAAACAAACACCAACUCCUUCAUAGACGCCUCCUUCUUCUCCUCACUGUCGUCCUCCUCCCUCACAAGUGUCACAGCUUCUGUGAAUGGACCCGCUGCCAGAACCCAGUGCUCAGGUCUGGACAGUGUGAGGGAAGUAUGUGGCCUGUGCCGUCUUGGAGGAGGAGACCUGACUCAGUGCAUCCAGUGUUUGGGGCGUUUCCAUGUGCACUGCCUCUUCUCAAAAGGGAGAUCCAUCUGCUCGUCCUGCUCGAGAACCUGGGGCAGCUCUGCAGAGAAAGAGGCUGAAUCCAGAGACUCACAGCUCCCCCCAGCGGUGCAAAACACACUCAGUCAUGAUCAGAUCACCUCUGCCCCGGAGCCCAUCCUCCAUACGGCCGAACUGGACUCCAUCCUGGGAGAUCAGGGAUCCAUGGACGGCAUCUUGCAGUGGGCUUUCCACAACAUCUCCCGGCCUCUUCCAGACUCACAAGGGUGCUACCAGUGA